CGUCACGGCGGAGUUGCCAUGGCGGGGCUGAGCGGUCUGGCGUCUGUGCUGGAGUCGUAUAGGGGUCGAGACCGCCUGAUCCGGACGCUGGGGUACUGCUGUCAGCUGGUUGGCGGGGUCCUGGUUGAACAAUGUCCCUCCAGGUCAGAAAUGGGGACGCGCUUGCUGGCAGUGUCUGCCCAGCUCAGCCACUGCAGGACUGUCCUGCGACUCUUUGAUGACUUGGCCAUGUUCAUCUACACCAAGCAAUAUGGCCUGGGGACAGAGGAGGAGGAUGUUUUUGUCCGGUCACUGUCUGUCCUGAGUAACUUAGCUGACCAGCUGUAUUACCCAUGUGAACACAUGGCCUGGGCAGCCGAUGCCAAGGUCCUCCCUGUGGACUCUGCCUGGUGGUGGACGCUGAGCACAGCCCUCUGGGGCCUGUCCCUGCUCCUAGGGGUUGCCAGGUCACUGUGGAUGGUGCUCAGGCUGCGGCAGAAGCUGCGGAGUCCCAAGGCCAGUCUUAAGAGCCCACUGUCGCGGAGCAAGUGGAGGGUGGUGCGUGCCCGGAUUCGAUCUGAGGUCCUGACUCUCCUCAGCAACCUGGCUGACCUGGCCAAUGCCAUCCACUGGCUGCCACAGGGCGUGUUGUGGGCCGGCCGCUUCCCCCCAUGGCUCGUGGGCCUCUUGGGCACCAUUUCUUCCCUGCUCAGUGUCUACCAGGCAGCCUGCACCGACAGCCAGGCCGAGGCUGGCAGCCCCUGAUGUGGCCGAGGGGCAGGUGGCAUAGGUGGGUCCCCACCCAGGGCCCCAGGGCAGCGUCUUUUAUUGAGCAGCUGGGCACAACCUGUGGGUGGGUGGGACAAGGAGCUGCUGUGAGAUCCCCCCAAGGCACAGCCAGGCCUGUUGUGCUAGGAACUUCUUUCUAGGGACCACAGUGGGGAGGACCCCAGGAUUCCCCAGGGGAAGCAGAGCUUGAAGAGGCCUUUGGGUGGGUAGGGGGGCUCCACAGCCUCCCACCUGCUGGGCGGCCAAGAGACCUUGUGUCUUAAACAAUGAAGAGAAAGAGACUCAUCAGGCCCUAAGAGGAGUCUUGGGGAGCUGCAGUGACAAUUGGUUAUUUUGGAGAAAGCAGGAGAGAGCUGAUUAAACAUUCUGGUGCUGGC